AAACUCCAGGCUGUUGAAACAGUACAACCUGUAGAAAUAGCAGAAGACUUCUGGGUGGAUGAAUCAGCAUCAUUGCCAUUAAAAUCCACUUCUGUUUUCUGGAUACUUUAAUUUUCUAGUUGUACUGAUUUUUAAAGUGAAUUCUGCCAAAGAAAAUAGCAACAGUCGGGAGAAUUUACAAGGUUGAGAUCCAUUUGCCGACUUGCCCAAAGGAACUGAAAGAAAUUUCAGGUCCUAAAAAUGAUCUGGGGCUUGUUUUGGCUGCUCCUUGGAAAUGCUCUCGCCCACUUCAGCUGCCCCAGGAACUGCCUUUGUGGACCCUUGCUGACGGACUGCCGCUUCGCCAACCUCUCUGACAUUCCCCAGGGCAUCGCCCAAGAAACGGAGACUCUCUUUCUGAAUGAGAAUCACUUAACCCAAGUUCCACCUGGAGCCUUCCAGCCAUACACCAAUCUCACUUUUCUUGGCUUGUCCCACAACCAACUCUCCCUGCGGAAUGAUACCUUCGAUGACAUUGGAAAAAGCAUCCUUUCCCUGGACCUGGCGGGCAACAGUUUGACAGAGUUACCAGCUGCCUUGUUUGAAAAUACAAAAAAACUGGUUUGGCUAAACUUGGCCGAAAACAGACUGAGUGCGCUCCCUGGAAAGAUUUUUGCCCCCUUGGAAAGACUGACCUACUUGGACCUGUCUCAGAACAGGCUGCAGUUGUCAGUAAAUAUGUUUAGGGGCCUUUCUCAGCUAGGUACCUUAAUAGUGGCGGGUAAUCAUCUUCACACAGUCCCUGCAGGUGCUUUUGAGCCUGUUCCUAACCUGAAGGUCCUUGAUAUUUCCAAUAAUGAAAUAAGCACUUUGCCAGAGAAUUUGCUUGAAAACCUGACAAAUCUUGAUGACUUGCUCCUUGACAAUAAUGGCUUCAAGACGAUUCCACUUUCUGCAUUCACUAUCCUCCCCACCUUAGAGCACUUUUCAAUUUCUGGGAACAGCAUCCAAAAUAUUCCUCCUCUUUCAUUCACUGGCCAUUCUAGCUUGAGGAGGCUUGACCUGUCAAAUAAUUUAGUGUCUGACCUCCCCUCUCGUUUCUUCUCUUUGUUAAAGCAGCUAGAAUUUCUUAAUCUUUCUAGAAAUAAUAUAAAUACUCUUCCAGGAGAUAUAUUUGUAAAUAACACUCAGUUAGCAUUUCUGCAUUUAGACAGAAACCAGUUACACGCCAUGCCUAUUUUUUCUGGCCUUCAAAGACUGAGGGAGUUAACGCUCUGUUGUAAUGGUAUAGAAAACUUGCCCAGAGCCUUCUCAGACAAAAUGUAUGAAUUAGAACUACUGGAUCUCUCCAACAACAAUAUAACAGAGACCACAGGGCUGAAUUCUAAUAUAACACAAGUAAUUUUGGCUGGAAAUCCAGUGUGUACAAACUCGAUGGUUUUCAAAACCCAUUGUUAAAGGACCAGACCUAGGCUAGGUCAGGCAAAAUAAAGGGGAUGAGAGUGGCUACGCUAAUUAGGUAUUUUCUUUUGCUAACAAAAAUAAAAUAUAUAGUUGUUUGUAUUAUCAACCUGAAUAAAAACAAAACCACCAUUGUAGUUAUAAUAAAUAGUCUUUUGUUAAAAAAAAAAUUGUAGUUUGGUACACGGAUAACAGAUUGAAUUGCUUGCCAGCUCCAGAAGAAGGGAGGAAAUGGAGGGAAGGGAGGGAAAGAGACAAUUUGGAUCAUAUAACUUCAGAAAACUAAUGUGGAAAUUUGUUAUUACAUGUAAUUGGUAUAAUAAAAUAUCUUUAUAAUUAAAAAAAAGAUUUCAGUCUGGGUUCUUCCCUAGUACUAUAGUGGGACAUAGGACCUUAGAGAAAAACCUAAAGAGCCCAGGUCUAAGGGAUCUGUGAGAAGUGGCAGCCCUUGACCUCAGGAAUGUGGUUUGGCAGGAGGUCACUGACUGGUGCCAUCAGAGGACAGCUGUAUAAACACUGAGGUCUGCAAGAAGCAAAGAUGGCAUACAUGUUCCAUACAUUUACAAUCUGAGCCUCUCCUAUGGAUAUAUACCUUUUGCUUACACCUCAGGCAUCAAGGCUCCUCACACAGAUCUAUCACAGACAGACCAUUACUGAAAAACCUCAGAUGCCUCAUCCCCACUUUCCUGUAAACUCCCUGCUUGUCACAUAGCCUUCUUUGUCUGUAAAAGUAUAUCAGCUCGAAUCUCCAUCUUGUCUCCAGACCAUAUUAUC